UCUCUCUCUCUAUAUAUAUAUAUAUAUAUAGACUACAGUACAGCAGAUCUAGUUUCUCCCAAAUAUCAGUCAGCAAAUUUCGUUUAAAUGUCGUUUUCUGGAUAAUUGACGAUACCGAGAAAAAGAAAUGGCAAUCUCAGUCCAUAAUCUGUUCCAAGAGAGAAAAUACCCAUUCAUUUUCGCACUCUCUGUUCUCCUCUUCUGCGUCAUCUUCCUACUCUUCACCAACACCAUCCAAUACCCUCUCUUCCUCUACCCCGAUACUCAAUCCCGACCGCUUGUUUCAGCCCCUAUCUCUGUCUCCGACUCAUCUUCUUCCCCUCCGUCCGUACAACAAUCCUUCAAUCUUCCCAAUCCAGUAACCCCUUUUGUCCCGCCGCCGCCUCCGUCGGAGAACAAAGAUGUCGGCUCUCUCCGGAAUAACGUUAUUACUACAACCACUUCUACUUCGGUCGAUGUGGGUUUCGAAUGGAAGCUCUGUCGGGAUCCCGAGGCGGUUGAUUACAUACCUUGUUUGGACAAUUACAAGGCGAUCAAGGCCUUGCAGUCCAGGAGGCACAUGGAGCAUCGGGAGCGGCAUUGUCCAAAUCCUAGUCCGCGGUGUUUGUCGCCUCUUCCGAAAGGGUAUAAGAUGCCAGUUUCAUGGCCUAAGAGCAGGGACAUGAUUUGGUAUGAUAAUGUUCCACAUUCAAAGCUUGUUGAGUACAAGAAGGAUCAAAACUGGGUUCGUAAAUCAGGAGAUUACUUUGUUUUCCCUGGCGGUGGUACUCAGUUCAAGCAAGGAGUUGAUAACUACAUUAAGUUCAUAAAAAAGACUUUGCCGCUUAUUAAAUGGGGAGAGCACGUGAGGGUUAUUUUAGAUGUUGGGUGUGGUGUUGCUAGCUUCGGCGGAGCUUUACUUGAUAAAAAUGUUAUUACCAUGUCAUUUGCCCCAAAGGAUGAACACGAAGCUCAGAUACAGUUUGCUCUUGAACGGGGAAUUCCUGCUAUUCUUUCAGUCAUUGGAACUCAAAAGCUGACUUUCCCAGACAAUGCUUUUGAUUUGCUUCAUUGUGCACGAUGUAGAGUUCACUGGGAUGCUGAUGGUGGAAAACCAUUGUUGGAACUCAAUAGGAUUCUUAGGCCUGGCGGGUUUUUUGUGUGGUCUGCAACACCAGUGUAUCGUAAAGACCAAACCCAUCAGAAUAAAUGGAACGCUAUGGUGAAUCUGACGAACUCUCUGUGUUGGAAGGUUGUUGCCAAGACCCUUUCUGAUUCGACAAGAAUCGGCAUUGUCAUAUUCCAAAAGCCUGUCUCACAUUCUUGCUAUGAGAAUCGCAAAGAAAAGAAUCCACCUAUCUGUGACAAUGAAAAUAGGAAAAAUAAUUCAUGGUAUGUGCCUCUAAGCAGUUGUAUUUCUCCACUUCCAGUUGAUAGCAUGGGUAACUUGUUCAGCUGGCCCCAGCCUUGGCCCAAGAGGCUCAAGAGUGAACCUAUAAGCUUAUCAACUGAACAAGAUGCAGUCCAAGAGUUCUACAAGGACACCAAGCAUUGGUCUGGACUAGUUUCAAAUAUAUAUUUAAAAGGUCUUUCUAUUCAAUGGUCAAGUGUGCGGAAUGUCAUGGACAUGAAUGCUGGUUAUGGAGGUUUUGGUGCAGCUCUUAUUGAUCAACCUGUAUGGGUAAUGAAUGUUGUCCCUAUUGAUAUGCCCGAUACAUUGUCUAUCAUAUAUGACAGAGGGUUAGUUGGAGUCUAUCAUGACUGGUGUGAGUCUUUCAAUACCUAUCCUCGAACAUACGAUCUACUACAUUCAAGCUAUCUCUUGGGAAACCUUACGCAAAGAUGUGACAUGGUAGAAAUUGUUGUGGAGAUAGAUCGCAUAUUGAGGCCAGGUGGGUACCUACUGGUUCAAGACACAACGGACACGGUUAACAAGCUUAAGCCAAUUUUGGAAUCACUUCACUGGUCCUUAACCCUUCAUCAAAAUCAGUUUCUUGUUGGUAAGAAGGGUUUCUGGCGUCCAAGUAGCUAAAUAGGCAUAGCUGGUCAUUUCCACUGAAAAGGUCCAGUGCAAGUGUUAUACAAGGACGAUAGAACUCUAGCACCUAUUCUUGUUUACUGCUUAAUAUUGAUAUCCUAUAGUUAAAAGAGUUUUACUUCAAAUUACUAUAAUAAGCCGAUAAUCAUUUUUUCUC